UUUAAUACGUACGCUAGGAGGUACGCUAGCUGUUGUUAGCUGUUUACAAGUCGAAACUUUAAACUUGACGCAUAAACCUACCAAGCCAUCAGAAUAAAUCAAAAUGAACGUAAUUGAUCACGUUCGGGAUAUGGCAGCAGCCGGUCUCCACUCUAAUGUUCGCAUAUUGAGCAGUUUGUUGCUAACGAUGAGUAAUAACAAUCCAGAGCUGUUCUCCCCAGCCCAGAAGUAUCAGCUGUUGGUUUACCAUGCUGAUGCCAUUUUCCAUGAUAAGGAAUACCGUAAUGCUGCCUGUAAGUACAGCAUGGCACUACAGCAGAAGAAGGUGCUCAGCAAAACAUCUAAAGUUCGUAGUUCGACUGGUGGCGCUGCAUCCAACAUACAGGCUCAGAGUUUACCUUCAGAAAUAGAGGUGAAGUACAAGAUAGCUGAAUGCUACACCAUUUUGAAACUGGAUAAAGAUGCCAUCGCUGUGCUUGAUGGAAUUCCAUCCAGACAGAGGACUCCAAAGAUCAACAUGAUGCUGGCUAACCUGUACAGGAAAGCUGGUCAGGAGCGUUCGGCUGUGACGAGCUACAAAGAGGUGCUUAGACAGUGUCCCCUUGCCUUGGAUGCGAUUAUUGGUCUCCUGUCUCUGUCAGUUAAAGGAGCUGAAGUGGCCUCCAUGACGAUGGAUGUGAUCCAGAGUAUUCCCAACUUAGACUGGCUCUCUGUUUGGAUCAAAGCAUAUGCCUUCAUACAUGCAGGAGACAAUCAAAGAGCUAUUAACACUAUUUGCUCCAUGGAGAAGAAAUCUCUCCUGCGUGACAACGUGGACCUCCUGGUGAGCCUGGCAGAUGUCUAUUUUAGAGCAGGAGACACCAAAAAUGCCAUUCUCAAAUUUGAACAAGCUCAGAUGUUGGACCCGUACCUCAUUAAAGGGAUGGAUGUUUAUGGCUACCUGAUGGCCCGUGAGGGACACCUGGAGGAUGUUGAAGUCCUGGGAGGGCGAUUAUUUAAUAUAUCUGACCAGCAUGCUGAACCCUGGGUGAUCUCUGGCUGUCACAGCUUUUACAGCAAGCGUUACUCCAGGGCCCUCUACCUGGGGGCUAAGGCCAUCCAGCUGAACAGUAACAGUGUUCAGGCCCUCCUCCUGAAAGGGGCAGCACUGAGAAACAUGGGCCGAGUUCAGGAAGCCAUCAUACAUUUCAGAGAGGCCAUGCGUUUGGCCCCUUCCCGCCUGGACUGCUAUGAAGGUCUGAUUGAUUGUUACCUGGCAUCCAAUGGGAUUCGAGAAGCUAUGGGGAUGGCAAACAACAUCUAUAAGACUCUGGGGGCCAAUGCACAGACUCUCACCAUCCUGGCCACAGUCUGCCUGGAAGACCCUGUAACACAGGAAAAAGCCAAAACCCUGCUGGACAAAGCGCUGGCCCAGAGGCCCGACUACACCAAAGCUGUGGUGAAAAAGGCAGAACUGCUCAACCGGGAACAGAAAUAUGAAGAGGGGAUUGCUCUCCUGCGUAAUGCCCUGGCCAAUCAAAGCGACUGUGUCCUGCACAGAAUGCUGGGAGAUUUUCUGGUGGCUGUUAAUGAUUACCAAGAAGCCAUGGACCAGUACAGUAUAGCUUUAAGCCUGGAUCCUAAUGACCAGAAGUCUUUAGAGGGCAUGCAGAAGAUGGAGAAGGAGGAAAGCCCCACAGAUGCCACCGUGGAGCUGGAUGGUGACGACAUGGAAGGCAGCGGAGAGGACGGAGAUCUGGAGGGCAGCGACAGCGAAGCGGCUCAGUGGGCCGAUCAAGAACAGUGGUUUGGGAUGCAGUGACCCAGGGCCACUGAGGAGCGCUCUGUCAGUGCCACCCUCCAGAACACCUGAAGCCUUCAGCCAUCCUGGUAGUCAGGACAAGGUGACCCUUAGGGAUUGAACUGCUCCUUAAUCCUCACAUGAUGAUGAGGAAUAACUCUUGAGUGACUGAUGUUACAAAGUUUAAAGACUGCACACCUAUGACGGGAUGUUUCUAUUUGAUUUUUUUUCAUCAGUGCCACAGUAAAAAGCGUGAAUAUGCCAGAACUUUGUGUCAGAUGGACGAACUGGACAUCUGAACAAAUAAUAGUGUUCAAUAUCUGAGCAGCUUCCUAACAUGUAUCAUCUUCAGCUCUGUCAUGAGCAUGUUGUGUAAUGCACAUGCUCACUUUGUGUGUUGUUUGUUGGCUGAAUAUUAAAAGUAAGAAAAUGCAACGUUGAACUCAUUGAAUUGUAAAGUUUUUCUUAACAGUCUCUAAUCAAAUGUUUGGUAUUUUGUACAUAUUUGAAAACAUGUAUAAUAAAAUUAAGGAUGUUAACCAGA